AUAAAAUAGCUGUAACCACAAGCCUUACACCUCAUUCCUAGCUUCUGAAGAACCUUGUGGACAAUAUCAUCUCCAGAUCCAACAGUGAGGACAUCCCAGCAUUUAAAACAGAUUGGACAUUCUGAGAAAAAUGGCUGAGAUUCAGACAGGAACAUUCCGGAUGGUUUCUGAGGAGGAACAAGAACUACGGACUAAACUUGAACACCUUACCACCAAGGAUCAUGGGCCAGUGUUUGGCAAGAGUGAGGUGCUACUUCCUCACACUCUCCAGAAGGCCAAGGAUGAAUUGAAUGAGACAGAAGAGAAACGGGUGAUGUGUGUGAAAGAGCUUCACAACCUUGUUGAGGACUUUGCCAACUCAGGAGAGGAGUUUGCCAAGACUGUGUACGAGAAAACAAAAGACAAAGAUGAUGCUUUCUUCCUGAGAUUCGUAAGAGCAAGGAAGUUUGACGUGAAAAGGUCUUAUGAUCUUCUCAAAGGCUACGUGCGUUUCCGUGAACAAUACCCUGAACUUUUUGAGAAUCUGACACCAGAGGCAGUCCGCUGCACCAUUGAGGCGGGUUACCCCGGCAUUCUCACAAACCGGGAUAAAUACGGCCGUGUUGUCUUGCUCUUCAAGAUCGAAAACUGGGAUUACGAGGAAAUUACUUUUGAUGAGAUCCUACGCGCUUACUGUGUGAUCCUGGAGAGACUUCUUGAGAACGAGGAGACGCAGAUCAAUGGAUUUUGCAUCAUCGAAAAUUUUAAGGGAUUUACGAUGCAACAAGCAUCUGGUAUUAAAACCUCAGAACUCAAGAAAAUGGUGGACAUGCUUCAGGACUCCUUCCCUGCUCGGUUUAAAGCCGUACACUUCAUCCAUCAGCCUUGGUAUUUCACCACCACCUACAACAUGGUCAAGCCUUUCCUGAAGGGAAAACUUCUGGAGAGGGUGUAUGUCCACGGUGAGGAGCUGGAAGAUUUCUUUAAGGAGAUUGAUAUUGAUAUUCUCCCAGAGGAUUUUGGAGGGAAUCAACCCAAAUAUGAUGGCAAAAUAAUUGCUGAGAAAAUCUUUGGUGCUGAGUCAGAAGAUACUACCCUUUAAUUAUUGGUGAAUUGCAUUGAAGAAAGCCUUAGAUAGGGAAGGGGCUGGGGGAGCUGUUUGCAGUCUAGUUACCACAGCAGCUUGGUUUUCAAAGAACAAAUAAACCUGCAGAUGCUGGAUAUUUGGAAUAAUUGCAGAAAGUGGUGGAGAUGCCCAAUAGGACAGGCAGCAUCUGUAGAGAGUGGAACAGUUAACAUUUCAGGUCAGCGACCCUCCAUCAGGUGACUAAUUAAAGAUAACUAAUGGAAUAUUAACUGCAUUUUUCCUCCCCACAAAUGCUAAAUGAUCUGUGGGAUUUUCUUUCAAAAUUGUCCAGGCAAAGCAUUGCACCAUAUACAAUGACCACUCGUGAAAUCUCCCUAUAUAAAUGUGAUUUGAUGGCAGGCUGUAACUGUUUUGUUUUGUAACUUCAAAACAUUAAACUAA